AAAUUGAUUUAUUUUAAGAUAAAGUUUGAAUUUUUAUUAUUCCAUAUUUUUGGGCUAUUACCUUUGGUCCGUUUGUGAGAGAAGGUAUAUUCUGGGUUUCGAUACUCUUUGGUCACAAAAAUCACCAUUUAUAACUCCUCUCAGCUUUACUAUUAAGGCGUACUCUUAUAUUCUUUGCAGAGUUUUGGGUUUGUUUCUCAACACGUUAACGGAUUUCUCUGUUGCCGGUGAACAAUACUGGGAUUUGUCAAUGGUUGCUGCAACUUGUUUGUGUACAUAAUAUUAUGAUAAAGAUGGCUCUAUGAAUGUUGGAGGUAGAUUAGCGGAGGACCAAUUCCCCUUGUAAUUGGUUAUCUUUAGUUGAUGUUUUGGUUAUUAGGUCACAAUGUCACGUACCAUGGACUUGUGAGAAUCAACUAAUGGCGUUCAGAAUUGUUUUUGUUUGUUAGUAUUCAAGUUUAGUCUGGUAGAGCGUGUAGUUUUUGAGAAUCUGGCUCUUGACGUUAUAAGGUUGUGGAUAUAUGGAAUAUAACUGCUGAGCCACUGGAGCCCUCUUUUAGACCAAGAUAAAAUAUUGUGCAAGAUAACUAACAUACUUGGUGUGCACAUUUUUUAAAAAUGGAAGUGGCUAUUUCUCCACAAGCACAAAAGCAGAAUUUGCAGACAACAGGUCGCAAAAUUUUAUGUUCUGGAUCCCAAAAGGAUCUGUGGCUUGUUGUGCGAGAAGGAUCUCUAAAUGACGUAGAGUUGGCCUUGGCAUUGUUGAAGAAGAGUGGAGGCAAUAUCAAUUUGAGGAACACCUUUGGCCUGACUCCUCUUCAUAUUGCAACUUGGAGAAACCACAUUCCCAUAGUAAGGAGGCUUCUUGCUGCUGGUGCAGAUCCUGAUGCUCGAGAUGGAGAAUCGGGAUGGAGUAGCCUUCACAGGGCUCUGCAUUUUGGUCAUCUUGCUGUGGGAAGCGUCCUUCUUCAACAUGGUGCCUCCAUUACAUUGGAGGACUCUAAAUCUCGAUUACCUGUAGAUCACUUAUCUGGCUCUGUAUGUCAAGUUUUUGGAAAUGAAAACCGUUCAGUGGCUACUGAGGUUUUUAGUUGGGGGAGUGGUGCAAAUUAUCAACUUGGAACUGGAAAUGCGCAUAUUCAAAAGUUACCAUGCAAAGUUGAUUCACUUAGUGGUUCAUUCAUAAAGCUCAUUUCUGCGGGGAAGUUCCAUAGUGUGGCACUUACGGCUCUUGGAGAAGUGUAUACUUGGGGAUUUGGAAGGGGGGGCCGUUUGGGGCAUCCUGAUUUUGAUAUACACAGUGGUCAAGCUGCUGUCAUCACUCCCCGCCAGGUGACUUCUGGUCUGGGUUCCCGCAGAGUGAUGGCAAUUGCUGCAGCUAAGCAUCAUACAGUUAUUGCAACUCAGGGUGGGGAAGUUUUCACUUGGGGAUCCAAUAGAGAGGGACAGCUUGGGUACACUUCUGUUGAUACACAACCCACACCUCGUAGAGUAUCUUCAUUGAGGUCAAAAAUUGUUGCUGUUGCUGCAGCAAACAAGCACACUGCUGUAGUUUCUGAUUUAGGUGAAGUUUUUACUUGGGGUUGCAACAGGGAGGGUCAGCUUGGUUAUGGUACCUCAAACUCAGCAUCUAAUUACACCCCACAUGUGGUUGAAUCCUUGAAGGGAAAGACUUUAACCAGGGUUUCUGCUGCAAAAUAUCACACAAUUGUAUUAGGAUCUGAUGGAGAGGUAUUUACCUGGGGUCAUCGACUUGUUACACCAAAACGUGUAGUAAUUACUAGGAACUUAAAGAAAAGUGGAAGCAUUCCUUUAAAAUUUCACCGCAAGGAACGGCUUAAUGUGGUUUCUAUAGCUGCUGGAAUGGUACAUAGCAUGGCUCUUACAGAUGAUGGUGCAUUAUUUUAUUGGGUCUCCUCAGAUCCCGAUCUUAGAUGCCAACAGUUAUACGCUAUGUGUGGAAGAAAUAUGGUGAGUAUAUCAGCUGGAAAGUACUGGACUGCAGCAGUUACAGCUACAGGUGAUGUUUACAUGUGGGAUGGGAAGAAAGGUAAGGACAAGCCACUUGUUGCAACUCGGUUGCAUGGGGUAAAGAAGGCUACUUCAGUUUCGGUUGGUGAAACACAUUUACUAAUUGUGGCCUCCCUCUAUCAUCCUGUCUACCCUCCCAACAUGAUUGAGAAUUCUCAAAAUCUCAAGUUGAAUAACAGGGAUGAUAUGGAAGAGUUACAUGAAGGCAUUUUAUUUGAGGAUCUGGAUUCCAGUAAUAUGAUAUCUAGUGUACAAAAUGAUUCUUUCAGGCAGAGAUCUACUCCCAGCUUAAAAAGCCUUUGUGAAAAAGUAGCUGCAGAGUGUCUAGUGGAGCCAAGGAAUGCCAUUCAACUGCUUGAGAUUGCGGAUUCUCUCGGAGCAGAUGAUUUGAAGAAGUACUGCGAGGAGAUUGUCAUGCGCAACCUUGACUAUAUAUUUACAGUUUCAUCACAUGCUGUAGCAAGUGCCUCACCAGAUAUUCUGGCUAACCUUGAGAGGUUGUUAGACCAAAGGUCAUCUGAGCCAUGGAGUCACCGUCGGCUCCCUAGUCCAACUGCUACUUUCCCUGCCAUCAUUAACAGCGAAGAAGAUGAUAGUGAGAUGGAGUUUCAAAGGACUCGUGACAAACCAAUGAAAAUGUCAGCGGUGAAACUGGAGAAAACCCGAAGACUAGAUUCCUUCCUACAGCCCAAGGAUGAUCCCAAUAAACAAAUUUCCAAAGUAGUUCGAGCUAUACGGAAGAAGUUGCAGCAGAUUGAGAUGCUUGAAGCAAAGCAGUCUAAUGGACAUCUUCUUGAUAACCAGCAGAUUGCAAAGCUUCAAUCUAAGUCAGUACUUGAGACCUCACUUGCAGAGCUAGGCAUUCCUGUUGAAACAUCAGUGAGUAAAGAAUUGUCUUCUAUGCUACCAGAAGGGAGAGGUAGUAAGAAGGGUAAACUAUCAAAAAAACAAAGGAGAAAGAGCAACAAAACAACCAUAGAGCAGACAGAAAUGGAAUCUGGUUACACUAAAAGUGAAGUCAAUACCAAAUCUGAGGACCUUUUGGACAUUGACAUUAUGGUGGUUCCUGAUUUGAAGGUGGAAGGGGAUGCUCUGUUUGAACAAACCACAGCAGACCACGCUGCAAAAGAAUUAACUUUAGUUGUGCAGAAGAAAGAUGCUUUGGAGUUGCUGAAAGAUAAGGGUCAGUCACCAAGAGUUUCUAAGAAGAAGAGCAAGAAGGGUGGGCUUUCUAUGUUUCUGAGUGGUGCUCUUGAUGAGGCCCCAAAAGAGGUGACUCCCCCUCCGCCACCACCGAGAAGUGAUGGUCCUGCAUGGGGCGGGGCCAAGUUCAUCAAGGGAUCUUCUUCUCUUCGUGAAAUCCAGGAUGAACAGAGCAAAGUAAAGGUAAAUAAGCCAGCUGGAAGCAAGGAAAAGGCGGAGGAUCUUUCUGAUGUUGGCAGUGGGGGGAAAAUAAAGUUGAGUUCAUUUCUUCCUUCCAGCCCAAUACCUGUUACUGCAACUCAUUGUUCCCAAGCAUCUGAUGUUGAAGUAAGCACCCCUCCUUGGGCUGCUUCAGGAACCCCUCCCCAACUCUCUCGUCCAUCUUUAAGGGACAUCCAAAUGCAACAGGGAAAGAAACUACAAAGCCUUUCAUUUAGUCCAAAGACUAGGACAGCUGGAUUUUCUGUUGCCAGUGGUCAAGGCUCACCAUCUGAAACAACUGGGGUGAGCCGCUGGUUCAAGCCUGAAGUGGAAACACCAUCCUCGAUUCGAUCUAUUCAAAUUGAGGAAAAGGCUAUGAAAGAUCUCAAGCGCUUCUAUAGCAGUGUCAAGAUUGUCAGAAAGCAAUCUUAAGAAGGCCAUCUGAUGUAUUUAAUAAAGUUGCAAGAGAGGCUCUUCCCAGUUCUUCUCUACCUUGAGCCAUACCAUUUUUUCUUGUCCUUUUUCACUUCCAUUGUUAGUACAAUGACUGUGAAUCAAUCUGUACAGAUAGUUGAGUGUACAUCCUUCUUUCUUCUCAAAUCAGUAGUGUAGUUUCUAGCUUCUUAGCUCCGGGUCUUCCCAUUUUCUGUGUUUACCAACUAUGACUGCUUAUGACCAAUAUUUUUAUAUGUACUCAUUUUUAACUCUCUCAACUUAGAGACUGGUUAAUAAUGACCCUGAAUGUGAUGUCAAGGGAAGACAUAGUCACAGAUUUUCUUGACUAAGUUAGUUCAAAGCUCAAGAAUAAGAGGGAAGUUCCUUUCAAAUAAGGGCUUUGUAUUCUCCUAUACUUAGGGGUAUUGCAUCAUCUUCAACCCCUAUAUCAUAUAUAUCCAACUAGAGUUGUGACCCCUCUCUACUGCCUUAAAGUUGUUCCAUUUAGUGGAGGAAUAUUUGGACGUUGGGAUUACAAUAAUUGUUCAAAUUGCUUUUUAUAAGCUUUUUGUACGCCAGCAAGAGACUCUUCUAGCCACCUUUUAGCUUUGCAAAUCAAGUUUAUUCAUUUAUUUAUUUUAAAUAAAGCUUGGUGUUCUUUUG